UCUCUCUCUCUCUCUCGCUCUCGCUCCCCCCCACCCACCCCCCCACCCCCACCCCAUAACCCUCCACCCCGGCCGCAGCAUGUCCGAGCUCCCGAUCCGGAAGGUGGUGUUCGACAAGCCCAAGGUUGAGCUCCACGUGCACCUCGAUGGAGCCAUCCGAGUGCAAACGAUUUUUGAUGUCGCUAGGAGACGUGGCAUCCCUCUGCCAGCCAACACGGCAGAGGAGCUGAGGCAUCUUAUUAUUCUCCAAAAGCCAGCCACGCUCACAGAGUUCCUGGGCAAGUUUGCCGAGUACAUGCAUGUGAUUGCCGGAGACCGAGAUGCCAUCAAGAGGAUCGCCUACGAGUUUGUGGAGGACAAAGCAAAGGAAGGCGUGAUUUACGUGGAAGUCAGAUACAGUCCUCACUUUCUAGCCAACACCGACGUGGAUCCCAUCCCGUGGCACCAGGCAGAGGGUGACCUGAGUCCGGAUGACGUGGUACGACUGGUCAACGAGGGUCUCAGAGAGGGGGAGAGGGUCUUCGAUGUCAAAGUCAGGUCCAUUCUAUGCUGCAUGCGCCACAUGCCAAGCUGGUCCGCAGACGUGCUGGAGCUUUGUAAGAGAUAUCGUCACGAGGGGGUGGUGGCCAUCGACCUGGCGGGUGACGAGUCACUCAACUGCGAGGCUUACCCGGGACACAGGAGAGCUUACGAGGAAGCAGUGCGCUGGGGGAUCCACCGGACAGUUCACGCGGGCGAGGUGGGCCCGGCCUCAGUGGUCAAGGAGGCUGUCGAGGUGCUGAAGGCCGAACGGGUGGGGCACGGUUACAGGACCCUGGAGGACCAAGUGCUUUACACGCAACUAUUGGCUCAAAACAUGCACUUUGAGGUGUGUCCCAUCUCCAGCAAGCUGACCGGUGCCUGCGACGCCGACUUCACCAAGCAUCCCGUCGUCACGUUCAGGAAGGACAAAGCCAACUACUCGCUGAAUACUGACGACCCUCUGAUCUUCAACUCCACCCUCCAGCUGGACUAUAGCGUGGCACACAAGCACAUGGGCUUCACCCAGGAGGAAUUUAAGAGACUGAACAUCUGUUCUGCAGCAUCUUGCUUCUUACCUGAGUCGGAGAAGAAAGAGCUACUGGGCAAACUCCACGAGGCCUAUGGGAUGAUACAGAGCACGGCCUUUUGAAGCCCGACCUCCCAAAAGUUCACAAAUCUUGACCUCCAUCGCCGACACACGAGAAUGUCUUAAUCCACUUCUGCCUGCUUCCCUUCACAUCACUGCAAGCACCUCAACGUGUGUGCGACGUUCAUAUAUCAGUUUACACAGAAGCGGUGCAGGAUUUGCUGCUGCUGGGAAAAAAGGUGGAGAUUUUUUUUAACAGCGUUGUUACGCACUAUUUUAAAACUAUGCAUGCACGCAUUCUUGCGUUUACAUCAAGAGACGUGUCAGGAAUGCAUCUGAUGUGCGAAUAGUCAACUUUGGACAGAAACACUCGGCCGGUCCAAAUGAACAAUGUAUUCAAGUAAACAACACGUUGCCGUGAAAACUGGAAGGUGGGAAGCGGUGAGAUGUGCUGACGCUUUAUGAGGGAGAAACCAUUCACUGUGAAAUAGGAGUUUUAGGGAUCCAGACCAAAUAGCCUCAACAGGAUUUAUCAGGUACAUAGUACAAAACCAAAUGUCUUACUGUUAAACACGAGGUGGCGUACCACUGCCCUCCAUUUAGUUUUCACACUAUCCGCUCAACUUCUUGUUCUUGUGGUGUAUAUAUUUAUUUAUAAACAUCUUUUCUGACAAGAGAAAGCACUCAAUUAUUGUGGCCACAUUGAAAACACAACAAAAUCCACCUUUGACCAGAAUAAAGCUGUUCUGUGUGCAGCCUA